CUCCCUUAGAUGUAACUUCCGGUUUCGAAAGGCGUGCGUUUUGAAACAGAGAAUGUCUCAAUUACCAAAACAACAGCCGACUGGAGAUAAAGAUAAAGACCGAGAAAAGAAGAAGAAAGAAACGAUCUUAGAUCUGUCAAAGUAUCUCGACAAACCAAUCAGAGUAAAGUUCAGUGGAGGCCGCGAGGCCAGCGGAGUGUUGAAAGGUUACGACCCCUUGUUGAACCUUGUACUGGACGGAACAACAGAAUACCUCAGAGAUCCUGAUGAUCCAUUCAAGCUGACAGAAGAUACUCGCCAUCUUGGACUGGUAGUGUGCCGAGGGACAUCAGUUGUUUUGAUCUGUCCAUCAGAAGGAAUGGAGGCCAUAGCAAACCCCUUUGUCCAGCAGGAUUGAGGAAACUACAGAGGUCGCAAUAUAUAAACUGAAUAACAUGUGGAAUAGGGUUAACACUGUCAAUACAAAAUAUGUCAAACAAAAAAUAUCAUCUCAAAGAAUAGCCCCAUGUUUCGACUGGUUUACAUCUUGAAUUGAUAUAUUGAUUUUCAAAGAGUUUUUCCAACGGUAAUUCAAAGAAAAAUAAUAUCGAAGGUGUUCCAUUCCCUGAAAACAUACCGACUGUAGAAAUAUUAUUUGUUGGUGGAUUAACCAUAUUAAUGUCUAGAUUUGUUAAGGUUUGACCUAAAUGAUGGACUUUUAUCAUGAGAAACUCAUUUGUAUUAAUAAACAGGGAAAGUGCUGGUUGGCUAUGUGUGUAGAUAGCGAAAGUGUGUGUGAUGUAUGUAAGAGUGGGGUAUAAGUUCUGUAUGAAAAGAUAUGGAUCUGAUUUGCAAAUAUUUGUUGUGAAUAAAGAAGAAGUAUGGAUGGAU